AUGCUGAAGAUGCUGUCCUUUAAGCUGCUGCUGCUGCUGGCCGUAGCUUUGGGCUUCUUUGAAGGGGAUGCUAAGUUUGGGGAAAGAAGCGAAGGGAGCGGGGCGAGGAGGAGAAGGUGUCUGAACGGGAACCCCCCGAAGCGCCUGAAAAGGAGAGACAGGCGGAUGAUGUCCCAGCUGGAGCUGCUGAGUGGGGGAGAGAUGCUGUGCGGUGGCUUCUACCCUCGGCUGUCCUGCUGCCUGCUGAGUGACAGCCCGGGGCUGGGGCGCCCGGAGAACAAGAUAUUUUCUGUUACCAACAACACAGAAUGUGGGAAGUUACUGGAGGAAAUCAAAUGUGCACUUUGCUCUCCACAUUCUCAGAGCUUGUUCCACUCACCUGAGAGAGAAGUCUUGGAAAGAGACCUAGUACUCCCCCUGCUCUGCAAGGACUAUUGCAAAGAAUUCUUUUAUACUUGCCGAGGCCAUAUUCCAGGUUUUCUUCAAACAACUGCUGAUGAGUUUUGUUUUUACUAUGCAAGAAAAGAUGGUGGGCUGUGCUUUCCAGAUUUUCCAAGAAAACAAGUCAGAGGCCCAGCAUCUAACUACUUGGACCAGAUGGAAGAAUAUGACAAAGCAGAAGAGAUCAGCAGAAAGCACAAACACAACUGCUUCUGUAUCCAGGAGGUUGUAAGCGGGCUGCGGCAGCCUGUUGGUGCUCUGCAUAGUGCGGAUGGCUCCCAUCGUCUCUUCAUUCUGGAAAAGGAAGGUUAUGUGAAGAUACUUACCCCUGAAGGAGAAAUUUCCAAGGAGCCUUAUUUGGACAUUCACAAACUUGUUCAAAGUGGAAUAAAGGGAGGAGAUGAAAGAGGACUGCUAAGCCUUGCAUUCCACCCCAAUUACAAGAAAAAUGGAAAGCUGUAUGUGUCUUAUACCACCAACCAAGAACGGUGGGCUAUCGGGCCUCAUGACCACAUUCUUAGGGUUGUGGAAUACACAGUAUCCAGAAAAAAUCCCCAUCAAGUUGAUGUGAGAACAGCCAGAGUAUUUCUUGAAGUUGCAGAACUCCACAGAAAGCAUCUGGGAGGACAACUGCUCUUUGGGCCUGAUGGCUUUUUGUACAUCAUUCUCGGAGAUGGGAUGAUCACGCUGGAUGACAUGGAAGAAAUGGACGGGUUAAGUGAUUUCACAGGGUCGGUGCUACGGCUGGACGUGGACACAGACAUGUGCAACGUGCCUUAUUCCAUACCAAGGAGCAACCCACACUUCAACAGUACCAACCAGCCCCCUGAAGUGUUUGCCCACGGGCUGCAUGAUCCAGGCAGAUGUGCUGUGGAUCGACAACCCACUGAUGUAAACAUCAAUUUAACAAUACUUUGUUCAGACUCCAACGGAAAAAACAGAUCAUCGGCCAGAAUCCUACAGAUAAUAAAGGGGAAAGACUAUGAAAGUGAGCCAUCACUUUUAGAAUUCAAGCCAUUCAGUAAUGGUCCUUUGGUUGGUGGAUUUGUUUACCGAGGCUGCCAGUCUGAAAGACUGUAUGGAAGCUACGUGUUUGGAGAUCGUAAUGGGAAUUUCUUAACUCUCCAGCAAAGUCCUGUGACCAAGCAAUGGCAAGAAAAACCCCUCUGUCUAGGCACCAGUGGUUCCUGUAGAGGCUACUUUUCAGGUCACAUCCUGGGAUUUGGAGAAGAUGAAUUAGGUGAAGUUUACAUCUUAUCAAGCAGUAAAAGUAUGACCCAGACUCACAAUGGAAAACUCUACAAAAUUGUAGAUCCCAAAAGACCUUCAAUGCCUGAGGAAUGCAGAGCUGCGGUACAACCUGCUCAGAUGCUGACUUCAGAGUGCUCCCGGCUCUGUCGAAAUGGCUACUGUACCCCCACAGGAAAAUGCUGCUGCAGUCCAGGCUGGGAGGGGGACUUCUGCAGAAUCGCAAAAUGUGAGCCAGCAUGUCGUCAUGGAGGUGUCUGUGUUAGACCAAACAAGUGCCUCUGUAAAAAAGGAUAUCUUGGUUCUCAAUGUGAACAAGUGGACAGAAACAUCCGCAGAGUGACCCGGGCAGGUAUUCUUGAUCAGAUCAUUGACAUGACAUCUUAUUUGCUGGAUCUAACAAGUUACAUUGUAUAG